CGGGAGCGGCACCAGAACCGGCACCGGGACCGGGACCCUCUCUGGAUUAUCACCCGUGGACUGCGCUUAUUUCUGCCUUUUUUCCCUUCUUUCCGUCGGAUCCUUGCGUGCCUCGGGCUGCCCGCCCUGUGGAUUACAAUUGCACCAUGACCCUGGAGGAGCUGGUGCCUUGCGACAGCAGCAAGAUGCAGGCGGUGAGCGAGGCCGUGGAGCGGGUGCUCGUGGCUGCGCAGCGGCAGCACCGACUCACCGUGGGCGUCUACGAGUCCGCCAAGCUCAUGAACGUGGACCCCGACAGCGUGGUGCUCUGCUUGCUGGCCACGGACGAGGAGGACGAGGGCGACAUCGCCCUGCAGAUCCACUUCACGCUCAUCCAGGCCUUCUGCUGCGACAACGACAUCCACAUCCUGCGCGUGUCGGGGAUGCAGCGGCUGGCGGCCCUGCUGGGGGAGCCGCCGGCGGGCGCCGAGCCCCGCGACCUGCACUGCCUCCUCGUCACGAACCCGCACACGGACGCCUGGAAGAGCCAGGGCCUGGCUGAGGUGGCCAGUUACUGCGCCGAGAGCCGCGACCGCAACCAGUGGGUGCCGUGCGUGGCCCUGCAGCAGCGCUGAGGCCCAGGACGCCGCGUCCCGACCCGCCCGGAACGGCGGGGAGAGAAAAAAAAAUGCAGAAAACCCCCCAGCAAUCCGCGCGAGAGGGAAGGAGGCGCAGCCAGGUCGCCAAACGCGCACGCACCACCCACCGAUUUUAUUU